AUGGAGAACCCAACACUCGCAAUCUACAUCCGUAUAUGGCAUGAUCAUCUUGUCAAUGCCAUGCUGUUGGCGCUCUUCUAUGGCAUACAUUUUGCGCUGUACGUCGCCGCCGUCUCUGCGAUUUCACGACGCAACAACGUCGGUCGCUACUUCGUCGGCGGCAUGACUACCCUUCUCUUCGCCACAUCCACGGUCUGGUUCACUGUCAACACAAGAGUCGAAGUCUUGAGCGCCCUCGCACCAUUUCGAACCAACGCCAUUACCGACCUCCUCCGCCACAUUGCUGCUCCAUUGCUUGUCCUGGCGCGGAUCAAUCACAUAUCCUCAGACAUCAUAGUCGUCUGGCGCGCGUGGGUCCUCUGGCCGGACAGCAAAGCUGUUCGACUAUCCCUCACUCUGGCUAUACUCGGCACUAUAGCGGGGAGCGUCGUCGAUUUCGCCUACUCAUACUCGAGGUACGGCGUCGCCGCAUACUCGUGGAACCUCCCUGACAGAAGCGCCAACUACCUACGCGCCUUCACCUCCAUCGUACCCGUACUCCUCACGAACGUACUCGUGACGGCGCUCGUCGGCGUCAAAGUAUGGACCUACCGGCGUAGCAUCAAGCCCGCCCUCGGCCGCGCAUCGCAGACGCGCGUGGAGAAGAUCAUGGUCCUUCUCGUCGAGUCUGGCGGCGUAUAUAGCUGCAUAUGGCUCGCCUAUCUCGUCAUAACCCUCGCGGACGUCGCCGGCAUCUUCCACUCCAACCUCACGUACAUGGGACCGGCAGGCAUGCUGGGCACGCUCAUGCCGGCAAUAGCGGGGGUGUACCCCACGUUAGUGGUGCUACUAUCGACCACCCAAAGCUCGCCAACACUAUACGUCUCUACCAACUUGGUCUCCGAUGUGUCCGGUCCCAACGGUGCUUCGGGCGCGGGCGUUUCUUUGUCUAAGAACGGAAUCUCCCUGGCGAGGCAGAAUUCCACCUACGAAGUACCUCUGCACAGCACCUCGCUAUCAAUGAAGUAG